AUGGCGUCACGAAUUUCUCCCAAAGUGCCGCGUGCGGCAACGCGAGUCCACCGAACCACGUCUACUAGUACGACUACUACUCACGGUAACAGAAACGGUAACAGUCAAACGACGACGUCAACCACUACCAGUAUUCCCGGCAGUACCACCACCACUAAUGAUUCCAAGCAAGAAGCUUUACUGCUAGAAGUUUCCGUACUCCAAGCCGUCCUGCGUCGCAAUCGACAGAGUCACCAACGGACCAAAUACUAUCAGCGCGUUGCCAUGGCCUUGCGCGCGCUGCAACGAUCAUCUUUAUCCCCCUCGUACACGGCACCCUCCGUACUGGACUUGUACGACACGGGAACCCAGACCUUACAGGAACUAACGGAGUGGCACGCUACUGUCCUUCCCCAACGGCAACGACAAGCCGUCUUUUGGAAAAUCGCGGACGUUACCGAUACGGCGAUGCCGAAUUCCCCGGACGCUGAGUGGCGACACCGCAUUCGAGACUACGCCGACACCGUCCUCACGGCGCUCCCGGAUGUACUGGAACGCUGUGAGUAUGCAGCCGUCGCCUUGUGGACCGAAGUGGCUCGAGGAUUCUUUCUACCCGUCGUUACCGUCAUGCUCGGUGCCCUGGCUCGGAUACACGCUCUCCUCGAGCAUACUGGACUACACGCUCUAGGGACCCUCCGAGACUUGCACACUCGGUACACCAUUGCCUUUCCCCCCACUGCGACCGAUUCGUUCACCACUACUACUUCCUCCGCUACUCUUGAAUGGGACGAAGUGCGAUGGGAACAAGUACGGCAAACUUGUAUGACUGCCAUGCAGACUCGUCGCCAAGGAAGUCGCCUGUACGGGAAUGGAUCGUCAGUGGAUUUGGUCCGGCAACGAUUCGGAAUCGCUGCUACCGGUACCAUGCCUAAACCACCCGCACCAUCGGCGUCGCAGGUUGAAUUCGGGAUCGACCACGGAGACGGCGGCGAUAUUGACAAACACAUCGACGAAGCGAAUCUCGACCUCGGUGAACGCGUACGAGCCGACGAAGCGGCCUUGCUACAGGCCACACUCCCUCCAACCCAGCGCACAACCGACUCCUUCGUGGCAGAAAGUGGGAAGGACAGCAUUACGAAUACAAAUCACGAUGCUGUAAUGCCGAUCCCAGCCGACAUGGCUCGUGCGGAAUUGGAUACCAAUAUGGCCAUGGUGGAAUCACUAAAGAAGGAGAGAGCCCAAGUAGAGGAAAACAAGAAACGUAAAUCCAAGGCACACCGCCAGAAGAAGAAAAUCAAGAAACAAAAGGGAGACUUUUUCGACGAAUUGUUUGGAUGA